UAGUUUGGAUACUGAGAAUGAUGAUGAAGACCUUCCUGUGGAGGUCAAGGCUGAGCGGGAGAAAGCACGGAGGUUGGCAAACAACACCCGUGAGCGGCUGCGCGUGAGGGACAUCAACGAGGCUUUUAAGGAGUUGGGCCGCAUGUGUCAGCUCCAUCUGAGCUAUGAGAAACCACAAACCAAAUUGAUCAUACUGCAACAAGCAGUAAAUGUUAUACUCAACCUGGAGCAGCAAGUUCGAGAGCGUAAUUUGAAUCCUAAAGCUGCUUGUCUCAAGAGGAGAGAAGAGGAAAAAGUUUCAGGUGUUGACCCUCAGAUGCAGCUGACUGGGGGACACUCAGCUUUAGGAGGGGACGGAAACAACUCUGUGAGCCAUAUGUAAUCCUCAGUUCCUGUUGAUUGUACAGCCUUCAUAUCAUGUGGCCUUAUCUGUCAUAUUCAUGCAUUCAGUGUGGGUAAAGCAAGCACACAUGCGCACACUGACUCAGCAGGUGGCCACUUUCCAGGACAGGAAUUCAAGCACAACAAGUAAAAAAAAAAAUUAAAGGAAAAGGUCGGAUCAUGACGACUGAGGACAUUGCUCAACAUUAGGAUGCUCUUAAAAUGACAUUUUUGUGUAAAGUUGCUUUAUUCUCGGGAGCAAAUUUCACCUGGAUCAAACACUUUUGGAUCAACUGCUCAUGUGAGCAGAGUUUGGAUUUAUACGGACGGAUAGUUAUCGGCAUUCCCUUCAGAAAAAGAGGUCUUAUGUUUUUCAGAAACAAAGAGGGAGGAGUUAUAUCUUGUUGAAAAAAAGCUUGGGUCAUUGUGCUUUAAAAAAAGUUUGUGUUUGACUUAAAAAAAGCAACAACAAAAAAAUGUAAGACUGAUUGAAAAGCUGACUGGUGUUUUGGAUUUGCUGGUAUUUUUCUUGGAUUUAUUGCAGCGGCUGAACGUGUGCAGCAGCCGAGUGUGUUACUGGGACAAUUUUAUUGCUUGUUUCGCCUCCCAGUCUCCACUUUGAAAAGUCUUUUGCAUCUGUUACUGUCACUGCCAUGCAAGUGGAAUGGAAAGACUGGCAGAGAGAGACGCCACCACUGAGGGAAGCCCAGGACUCUGCAUAAAUACUGGAUCCACUCUCUCACCGAGGCUGUUGUUGGACUUUCUUCACUAUUGUGAAGUCGAUUUUCACUCAGACGGGUCAGAGCCAGCAUCAGCCUGUUGCCCCGCAUCCUUAUCCAAGAAGAAGUCGUGUUGGAGCAAAUUCUUGCAGACAAAUAAGUAUUGAAAAGGGAUCAUAAGUGUUACCUUUGGGAGAAUUCUCUCUUUUGCCAUUGACUGACUUGUUUUGGUUGCUCUCUGUUGAGCAGUUGCUGUUUUUGUCCCUCAACCCUAUUGAACAAUUGUGGAACCUGUUAUAAGGAUCUUCCUUUUUUUUGAUAAUUUAUAUAUAUACAGUUUUUUUAUUUUUGUUUUUUACUUUUGUAAUAUAGUUGUCAGAGGUUUUUUGUGAGUUUUUUUUUUCUUUGUUACAUUGUUUUAAUGUAAGAUGACUCAAAUUAGCUUCCAGGAACAAACUGGUGUUUUCUUUGGUGCCAGAGGCUUUGAAACAUUAAAAUUGAUGACCUUUUUUAUGUUCAUUAUCAUCACAUGUUGUGAUAUUGUUUUUUUAUUUUCUAAACACAAAACACGUUGCAAUUGGCUUUUAUUUUUGCACACUGCCUAACAUCCAGGUCUCUAAUGAGUUUAAGGUAGAGGCAGACAAAGUGGCCAUCACUCUUAACUUUCAGCUAAUCAUGAACUCCGUGUUGACUCUGAAAGGAUGGCCUUAGUCAUUUUCCUCCCCUUGGAAGUUGAUGAUUUCUUUCUAGUGCCUGAUAUGUGUUUGUGACAUGUAAGAUAAUGUUGUAUUCAUUAAAAAAAAGAAAAAAAAAAAAGAAAAGUACCUUCUCGUAUUACAGAUGUAGAUAAAUAAGUUUACUUCAGUGACAUCUUUUGAAUGAAGCAAUAAGUCUGCUUCAGUAUAUGCGUGUCAUUAGAUGUUCACUGAUAAAUAAUGUGGUCUACAACUUUGACACUUAUUGUAAUAAAAGUUUACUUCCCAUUUUUAUGAUUUUUUUAUAUGGUUUUGUUCUGGAUUGGCAUGUGUGCUGAAAUACAUGUCACAGUGUCGUAGUUUUAUAUUGUACGUUUAUUUGUUACGAUAUUUCUCACAUUUCUGACUUAAAGACAACCCUCAAGAUAUAGUUUUCUUUAUCAGCUACUUAAACCUAGCUACUAAAGACUUUAUUAAACCAUAAAUCUGCAUCGAUAUAGCCUCUAAGAUAACACUUGUGUUUCUUGUAUUUGUCUGUUUCUUUUUUUUGUUUUGUUUUUUUUGGUUAAAUGUUAAUAGUGCUGUCCUCUGUGAAAGAUGACCUGCAACAGUUAUGUCUUCUCUCAUGUUUGAGGACAAAAUCUAUCUAUGGUUUGUCUUCAAAGUGCCUCAAGUUUGCUAUUUUUAUAAAUAUAUAAAUAAAAUAGAUAUCAAGAACUGUUGUGUACAUAACAGUGAAGUAGCAAUAAAUGUUCCAGUUUUAAUAAA